AUGGCUUCUUUUAUAUUUAGAAUGUUAGGCUUUAGUCUGUUAUGUUUGACAACAGUUAUAUUACAAGUCAACGCACAAGUUCAAUGCUCUGCUAGUUCUCCUUGUCCUGCAUCUGCACCUUGUUGCUCAGAAUUCGGGUACUGUGGCACCGGGCGUUUUUGUCUAGGUGGCUGCAAUCCUUUACUAAGCUUCAAUUCAACUUCAUGCGCACCAAAUCCCAUCUGUAAAUCAAUGACCUACAAUCUCAACGACACUAGUAAAUUUAUCAAUAGUGCAUCUUACAACGGAGAAUUGACCUAUGAUUUCACAACUGAUGGACAACCGAUAUUUUCCAAUAAUGUUGUAAUACUGACAAUGGCUCAGGGUUCUAAAGGUACUCGUAUAUCAACUACUCGGUAUGUUUAUUAUGGUAGAAUCACCGCUGUGCUAAAGACAUCCCGUACCCAGGGUAUUGUAACCGCGUUCAUUACCAUGUCGAAUGUUAAAGACGAAAUAGAUUGGGAGUGGGUCGGUUAUAAUCUGAAUAUGGGGCAAAGCAACUAUUUCUAUCGUGGUGUUAUCGAUUAUCAGAACGCCGCUACACAUCCAACCAACGCUAGCACUUUUGACAAUUUUCACGAGUACACAAUUGACUGGCAAGAAACCCAGUUACAAUGGUUCAUUGACGGGCAACUCGUUCGAACCCUCUACAAAAAAGACACGUUAAACGCCACAACAGGCGUCUACAUGUACCCGUCAACACCAUCGCGCAUCCAACUGUCAAUAUGGAAUGGUGGUGAAGGUGCAGCCGGGACAAAAGAAUGGGCUGGUGGCCAGACAAAUUGGAAUUCACCCGAUAUAAAAAGCCCCGGAUAUUUUUACGCGCAGAUCCGGAGUCUCGACAUAAAAUGUUAUGGUCAAGAGGCUAGUAAUUCGUCAAGUCAGCAAUUGACAAGUUAUGUUUACGGCGAUAAUGGUAAUAUAAGCGUUAGUAAUGCGAAUACAGUGAUCAAGGUGGCCACUUCACAAAGUCUAGGGUUACCGCAAGAUGCUGGAAAUGAUGUGAAUAAUAUGCCAAACAUUACGGGGCAAUAUAUUGAGGAUUUGAAGGCCAGCUCUGCCGAUAUCAAUACCAUCGCUUUGACUCCGAAGAAUUUGGCUUUGACCCUAUUGAGUUUGUUCUUUAGCAAUCUUUUGAACCUGCUAUAA